ACUUAAAGAUGUGUUCAUGGAACUUUUAAAGCAAAAUUAUAUGCGAUUUAGGGCUUAAAAAAGAUUAACUUCACUGACCAGCUCACCCAAUAUUAAAAUCCAAAGCAAUUGAGCAAUAGGGUGAAUUAGUCAUCUGUUUGAGUGCUGUCUGUGAGUCUAACCUUGAAAUUGACAUUAUCUCGGGAGCAGAGAGGAUAAGCCAGGCGCACGAUCGGGAAACAUCGUGGGGUUUUCACACUGCAACAGACUGAUUAGAUACAGCAGGAUGCAUUGCUGUUUGAUUUAGAGGCUUAAUCACAAAACGCCCACGAACACCUUAGAAGAACCUCGUUUUAAGCAAGAUGAAGUCCAAGGGGAAAGCUGUGAAAACACCCCAAAGAACCUGGUCUGACCCAGAGCCUGAACUCGAACCUGACACAGAAGCUGAACCGGGCUCCAGUGAGCAGGAAGACUCAGAAGCCUCAGAAAGAAUCGGCAGCUCCUGGAGAGGUUCCCUGAGGAGCCGGCAGGGCACGCGGCAAGGAGCGAGUGGCGGUCGUCGGCGCCGGUCGCACGGCUCCACCACGAAAGAGCGCAGCAUCCGCCGCCUAGAGAGUAACGAGCGAGAACGCCAGCGAAUGCAUAAACUCAAUAAUGCCUUUCAAGCAUUACGCGAGGCCAUCCCGCACGUCAAGACGGACAAAAAACUCUCCAAGAUUGAGACGUUGACACUGGCAAAGAACUACAUCAAGGCCUUGACCUCCAUCAUCCUUGAUAUGUCAGGGGGCCUCCCCACUAGUGACGUCCCAUCAAACGCCAGCACUGCCAAGCUGCUCCAGUGUUACCAGAAACACCUGGAGGAGGAAGGCGAAGAGGGCCUCACCCAGUAUCUCACCCACAUGCACAAUUUAAGCCAACUCAGCUAGCAGAUCAGGAAGCUUGUGGACUUUGAUGGGCCAAAUGAAAUCUUGUUUCUGCAGGUGCACUGCUGUGGUAUCCAGUCGGGAAAGAUGUGUUCUGUAGGAUCGCAGUUGACUAUGAACUGUUGCACUUGAACACAGCAAGUGGACAACUCUUCAUGAAAAACACAAUGAAGAGUGACCGUAAUUUGGCUAAAUCUUUGGGCUGUCUUAUCUUUUUACUUUUGGUUCAGAAGCUGGGUUUUGUUCCUCUUCUAUUUCUUGAUUGUUUGAUCUUCCUGCCAUUUGGCCGUUACAGGAAAAAAAACUGCCAAGCAUCACCAUUAGUCAGAACUGUUGAAUCUAGGAAGAGAAUUGCAUUUAAAUGAAGAAGUGUUUGCUCAUUUUCUCGUGGUGAUGGUGAUUGCCCAUCCCCCUGUGAACACAAAUGACUUGUCUGACUUGUCUGCUGAGACAUUGUUUCAAGAGUUAGAUUAUUUGUAAUGCCCUGAGGUGGGACAUUGUACUGAAGGUGAGCAAUCAAUAAAAAGGUAUUUAUUUGAAUCAUGCAGUACAUUUGUGGAACAAACCUCAUUUACCACAGUAAAAGACCAAUUCAUCAGUUGCUUUUUUAUUUAUGGUUACCAGUGGCGGAUGUUGGGUUUUCCGGGCAGGGAAGCUCAAUUUCUGCCUACAUUAGGGGUGGAAACCUCUGGGUACAUCAUGAUACGAUUUGCGAUGUCUCGUGAUAACGAUGAUCUCAGGAUAUGGCAAUACAAUUAUUCAAGGUUCUUGCGCCAUUUUAGAAGUGAAAUUUUAUACGUUUUAAGACAUUUUUAAGAUCUCAAAAAUAUAAUUUAAGACCAAAACGUCACAAUCUCUGAUGAAGAAAACAACUAAUUUUAUUUCACUGUGAACACAGAGCUUCUGCCAAAGACUGCUGGAGUGUUUUUUCUCUCAUAUGCUAAAUGACGUCUUCAACCCCUAUUGUCCAUAGCGAAAAAGUCUUUUUGCAGACUUAGCCCUGGGCACUGUUAUUUUCACCAGGUGAAAACCACCUCUUAAAUAAACCAUCUUCCAUCAAUUUUUGAUUAAAUUUACACUUCCUCAUCUCUGCAUAUUCCCGCUCACCUCUACAGUACAACUGUGAAUAACUAGGAAAUGGCAUCAUGGUGACAAGACAUACAACUCCUAAAAUUUGACUCGUCAUUUGUCUCGACAUUUGACGACAUGCUCGAAAUACGACGAUUUAUGACAGUAUCGCAAUUUCAUUGUUUUCCCGCAAGACAGACGCACGGCGGAUUUUCUUGUGAGAGAGAAAUCAAAAUGGGUCCCAAGAAUGUUAGUGCGAGUGCUGAAAAAAAGGAAAAAGGUGAUGCUUACCAUUGAGAUUAAGAAGGAAAUGAUAGAAGAAUAUGAGCGAGGUGUGAGUUAAGUGGCUCAAUAAUUUGGCCGGUCUGCCCGACCUCUGUUCACCAGUCCCUAUAAGUUAAGGUGACAAUAAAAAUUCAUCAGGGUUUCAAUCAUUUACUUGUGCAACACAACCUGGCUACUGUCCGCCAUAGUCGACGCCAACAACAUGAAAAAAAGUAAAAACUUCCCACUCUACCGCACCUCUCUCUCGCUCGUCAGUCACACGGUGCGUUCAAGAACAGCAUGCAAAACACAACCACCACACUUGAACCCGUUUAAUUAUUACUAUUAUAAUUCUGAUUUGUAUUUAUAAUGUACUUGUUUUGCAAUGUGUAACUGCUUUCCCUAAUUGCAACAGUAGUAUUUAUUAAGGAUUUAGAGUAGGUUUUUGGGCUGUGGAACGAAAUAAUCGAAUUAGAAUGUAUUCUUAUGGAAAAAUCUCGCUCAACAUACGACUGUUUCGACUUUGUAUGUAGAGGUACUCCUCUAUAUUAAUCUCAGACUCUCGUAUUUGGUGCAAAACUAUUAAUCAAGCAAAUACACACCAUUAGAAGUGGAUUACAAUGACUUCCUUAGCAUUGUGCAUUGUGUGGAAAUAAGUGCAUUGUGUGGAAAUUAUAUACCAACUGCAAUUUUCCAUUAAAGGUAAGACAAUUUAAGACCUUGAUUUAUCUGGAUUUGGCGGCACGGAGGCUGAGUGUUUAACACAUCUGCCUCACAGUUCUGAGAUCAAGGGUUCAAUCCCGGGCUCCGGCUUUCCUAUGCGGAGUGUGCAUGUUCUCCCCGUGCCCACGUGGGUUUUCUCCGGGAACUCCGGUUUCCUCCCACAUCCCAAAACCAUUGAUUGAACACUCUAAAUUGUCCGUAGGUAUGAGUGUGUGCGUGAAUGGUUGUAUGUCU